AUAUAUAUAUACAGUAUAAUUAUCGAUUACAUAUAUAAUUAUUAUUUUCAAAAUUUCUUUUUCUUUUUAGCCAUUGUUUUAUUAAUUUGUGUUCCUCCUGGUAUCCGACUGCAUUAUUGGUCAAUAUACUCAUUUAGUGUUUGCAGACUCGUGCACCAUUUUGUAUAGCUAGGUUAAACAGGACUGAAAAGUACAGUGGCCUGAAAGUGCAUUACAUCGGUAAAUCAUUUUGGUGUUUAAUCGCUGACCCCAGCUUCUGGUCCUCAGCCUGAAGCACGGUUGUCAUCUAAAGGAUUUGUAGCAAUUUCUUUGCUUUUACAAUUUCCGUCAAGUAACGUUAUUUAAGAUUAAACAUUAUAAUUGUACAUUCGUUUACUACCGUGAUUCGCCUGGCUACAUAAAUUGUCAUAGAAAAUCGACACCCUUGAGAGUAGAGAAUUCAAAAGUACUGUGGUAUCAAUGUAUUUAAUUAAGCAUGAAGUGUUUAAUAAAAUGAUUUUUUUUAGUCUUUUGGUUUGUCUGAUGUCACAUAGAGACUGAGGCCUUCUGAGCUUCCACAUUAAUCGUGGUGCUUUCUCUGUAGUCUCCGCUAAGGUCCUUAUAAACACUAUCACAUUUUGCAGAUGUUGCACAGCUGCCCUGUGGCCUGUUAACAGAAAUUACUUUUUCAGUUAGAAUACACGCGCCGCAAGCACGUUCUGGGAUGGGCUAAAGUGUGGGACAUAGAUGUUUUCGUCUGUAAAAUAACUAACGCCGAACGAUUAUCCCGCUAACAGCUGUGACCCCAAAAGAGAGCCUGGGCUUCUCCUGUCACUGCACUCUCUGUGUGAUCGUUAGCGAACAAUCGCAGAGCGUCCACGCGGGGUGGGGGAUUCGCUUCCUGUCUACUGCCCUGCGCUUCCUGGAACAGACCUGACCUCCUCACUAGCGUGUACCGUUCAGGAGAGGAAGUCACCCUUCUCUGUUCCUGCAUAAUUAACCCUAAUCCUACUGCAUUUAGCCAGGUUUGUUUGUAUAGACAUUUGAAUCUUUGUGUAUAUUAUCGGGAAGCAACAAUUGCAGUUAGACAUGGAAAAACAACGGCAGGGAUAAUUUAUAUUGAUCAAAAUAAUAAGAUCUUUUGUGUACGUGGUGCACAUUCAUUGUAUUACAUUAAAUGCAUCUAAAAUGAGUGUAUAUAUAUGUAACUGCUACAGAGAUGCAUGAUAUUCUUGUAUUGAUAAUAAGAGAGUAAUAUUAAUAUACUGUGCGUCCUGUAACUUGUAAAACACGGGCCUUAACGUCUAUCUGACCUCUUUUGCUACUCUUCUCUUGAAUGUAGGUUAACAUUUCCAUACAAUAUUCACACCCUGAAGUGGUUCUGACACGUGGAGAAGGUGCACAUAAACUUGUCGCAUCUUUGCUUCUACAGCAGACUGAGGAUAUAGCAGACGGCGUACAGCAGUUGUUUUUGACCCUUUGUACAGCGAUUUCAUGUUGGAGAGGGAGGUCACUCACCUGCUGUAACUGCGUGUGAUUUUUACCAUGAAUCCAGGAGGGAAAAUGAAGUUCCCUUUUGGACUCGCGCUCCUGUUAAUCUCAGCGACACACGGUAAUAACUGUAGUGCAAGCUUGCCGAUGCACUCCAAGCUGUGCCUAAUACGUUUUUAAGAGCAAUCCACUGAGGGAACAAACGCCCGUACCUACCACUGAGGACACUGCGGUCAAGUCCGCAGUAUUUUUUCAACGCCGUUAAAUGUAAACCAUUGCGGUUCAGAAGAGCUAACGCUUUUGACCUCGAUAUUUACAAAAUUCGGUCUAUGGCUCUGUACGUAAAUAUAUUAUCAUUAUUUUUAUUAUGUAUCUUGGUAUUCGGCUACCUGAGUUAUUUAAUGUUUACCGAUCAUUAAAAGCGGACUUGUGUUUAGGCAGGUUACACAGCACUGUGAAGAAGUGCGAUGUUGACUGGCCUUAAAGUGCAUGACAUCAGUAAGUCAUUGCGGAAUUUAACGCUGUCUAAGCGUUUCGUAGUUUCCCUUCAAACUGCCUUGUACGUCUGUCAUUCUGAGUACCAUUAGUUAGAAUUAAAGAUAACAGCGCGUUGAUUUUCUGCUGUGAUUCACCUACCUAACAGUACAUGGGCUGUUAUGGAAAAUCAAUCAAUAUCGUUCUGAUCAAUCAGAUUUGAGCAGAGCUUUCGUAUAAAUAUAUUUAAGUAUUAAGCAUUUAAUGAAAUGUUUUUUUUUAUUAUGGGGUUAUCUGAUGUCACAGAGUGUGGGAGGGAAACUGAUGAAAAUUAAUUAACAGCUAGAAUACAAAGACUCUGUUUAAUGUAAUUCCACUGCUGUACGCUGGGAGUAUCUGAGCUACAAACAGGGUUAGGGUUUUUUAUUCGAGUUCUCUUUGCCUGCACCCACACUAGGGCACGCUAACGUGUGUGGCUGGGGUAUGUGACCCUGUUUGCGUACUUAGACAAAAACCCUCCCUACUGUGUUUCUACGGUUUCCAACCUUGAUUUAACGAGAUACGGAGUCAAAAUUGGUUUCAAAGUUAGACCCAGGUGCAACAAAUCGUGGACAGAAUGUUCUGCAGAGUUUUAGACAGUAGCGUCUCUGAAUUAUGCAGUAACCCGAGUCCUCCUGAAGGCCCGAUUUGCCCUGAGAAAUUGUUGAUCUGUGCUCACUUUCCAACUUGAAAUAAAACAUUCUCCACACAAGGGAACCGAGUCUGCGGCUGAAAUUUCCACAAGAGCAACUUCUGAAGUACCGCAUUGACGCCUGGUGUGCUUCGCUGAGUAGUUACUGUACCAUCUGGGUCCUUAUAAACUCUAUCACGUUCUGCACACAUUACACAGCUGACCUGUGGCCUGUCGGCAGGAGGGACAUUUCCAGUUGCUACUUGCAGUGCAGGCAAUAUGUACAGUAAUAUGCACUCGUUUUAGGAGUAGGACUAGUCCAUGGCAGGCCGGCUACUCAAUACCAUCUGAAUCAUGAUUAUCUGGGUAACAGCUACGGCCCCAAAUGAGAGCCUGAGCUUCUCCUGUCUUGGUACCUCCUGUUUGAUCGCUAGCGAGCAAUAGCAGGGUAGCCUCACACCUCUGGCGCCCCCUGCUGGCCGGGUCUGAGGACUGCACUCUCCCUGCCUAGUGCCCUGCGCUUCCAGGGAGUAGCCGCGCACUCAUAGCGAGCCUGAGUUCGGCAGUAGCCUGUACAGCUUCAGAAGAGGAAGUCAGCUUUCACCGCUGCCGUGUCAUCAAACAUAAUUCUGUUGUGUUGUUAGUUUUUCCGAGUACCGGCGAUUGAGAGCUUCCGUAUCCUUGUUGUAUAUUAUCAAGGAACAGGGAUGUAACGGUACACAAAAUUCACGGCUCGGUGCAACGCUUCUUUACGCCAUAGAACUAAACGUGCAAAAUUUAACAAAAGAAAAAAAUAGAGUAUAUAACAUCAUAACAAUCGUAUAGAACUAAGUUCCGUCUAAUGUGUUUUUUAACCAGUAUGAGAUUAUGGUCAUAUAUCUGUAAUGACAAACAGCCCUAUAGCACAAGUUAUUUGUUUGUUUGUUAAUUAAUUUACUUCUGGUGAAGGAGAGAAUGGUGUAGAAGAUAUCGGUAAAAAGUUGUUUUACAAGUUUUCUCCAAAACCAAGUGAUUAACCCGUAACAGACUUCGACUAUUACAACUAUCCCCGGGUUACCAAAGGCCCGGGUUUCCCCCGGACACGUCCGCAUCUAUGGCCCCUGUCCAGGCGUCCGGGCGGCUUUUCAGAACUCUGCGGUUUGUUCAGGUCUAGCCCUGCGACUCAGUAUGACACAGUUACGGUGGCGGCGCGUGAGUGACGUCAGCCUCCGAAUACCGCAGUCACUUCGGCACUUUAUUUUUGUCUUCUUGUGAACAGUGAGACAAGCGUCGCCUGCUUGAAGUUUAACAAACUGCAGCUUAGCAUUUUGUAACUUUUGUUGAAAAAGACUCGUACACCUGAAUGAUGUGUCGAUUGUGUGUAGAUUGUAAAACAAGAUUUAACUGUAAGGGUAUCAUACGUCUGCAUUUUACAGGGUGGUUAGGGAAAACUUUUUAUUUUAUUAUUUUUAUUACGUAUCUUGGUAUUCGGCUACCUGAGUUAUUUAAUGUUUACCGAUCAUUAAAAGCGGACUUGUGUUUAGGCAGGUUACACAGCACUGUGAAGAAGUGCGAUGUUGACUGGCCUUAAAGUGCAUGACAUCAGUAAAUCACUGACUACACCUUCUGGUCCUCAGCCUGAAGCACGGUUGCUGUCUAAGCGUUUCGUAGUUUCCCUUGAAACUGCGUUGUAUAUUUUCAGUACCAUUAGUUAGAAUUAAAGAUAACAGCAGAUUGAUUUUCUACAGUGAUUCACCUACCUAACACGACAUGGGCUGUUGUAGAAAAUCAAUCAACACUGUUCAGAUCAAUCAGAUUCAAGAAUUCAACAGUCCCACUUUGACAUUUCAUCUUUGUUCUGUCGUGAACAGUGAAUUGCAACGUUUGCUUGAAGUUUAACAAACUUAGCUGAGCAUUUUGUAACUUUUGCUGAAAGGCCUGCAUGCGUAUGUAUCGUGUCAGUUGUGUAUAGAUCGUAAAACAAGAUUUAACUGUAAGGUUGUAAGAUUUUCGUUUUCCGGGGUGAUUAGAGAACCAAGUAUGGUGACCAUAAACUAGGCCAUCCUACUUCUAUUCUUAGUCAUUUCUGAGUUGUGUGCUGUUUUUUUUUUUUGCCUGGUGUGAAUUUCCUUGUGAAAGCGUCACGAUCAGACUGACUUGCAGAGGCGGUUUCCUUCCCGUUCUGGUCAUACACACACUCAGAUGAUAUUGUCUCAAUUGAGUUAACCUGUCUAGCAACAUGUCUGUUAGGUAUAACAGAGCCGACAGACAGCCUUGGUCUUAUCAACAACUCUCUCUCCAGCGUUAGUGUAAUAAUUUGAAAAACUAAAAUGUUCCCAAACCAGCUGCGAUACCUGACUGUAACCAUCCAUCCAUCCAUCCAUUUUCCAAACCGCUUAUCCUAUUGGGUCGCGGGGGGUCCGGAGCCUAUCCCGGAAGCAAUGGGCACGAGGCUGGGAACAACCCAGGAUGGGGGGCCAGCCCAUCGCAGGGCACACUCACACACCAGUCACUCUCACAUGCAUUCCUACGGGCAACUUAGCAAGUCCAAUUAGCCUCAGCAUGUUUUUGGACUGUGGGGGGAAACCGGAGUACCCGGAGGAAACCCCACGAUGACAUGGGGAGAACAUGCAAACUCCACACACAUGUGACCCAGGUGGAGAUUCGAACCCGGGUCCCAGAGGUGUGAGGCAGCAGUGCUAACCACUGCACCACCAUGCCACCCCCUGACUGUAACCAGUUUUAGCCAAAUUCAACUCACAGAAGCCAAGAAAGGCCGUAAAAUAUCAUGUUUAAUUUCAUUGUACUGAUGUUUCCUGGCCCUUCUUGGCUUCCAUCCAGAAAGACAGAGAAUGCUAAUGUCUUGUUUGGUAAGAGUCUCUUUUGAGACAUGGGUUAAGUGUAUGGGUGGCUGUCGAGCAUUUCGGUGGAGAGAUUAACGGUUUGUGUCACGUUGUGGCGCGGUGCACGGAACAGGGACGCAGGAGAGGGGAAUACACGUAAGAUUGGGGAAUAUGCGUAAGGUUGGGGAAUACGCGUAAGAUUGGGGAAUACGCGUAAGAUUGGGGAAUACGGGUUUUAAUUAAGACUUGGAACAGGCAAAGACAUGCAGUACAGCGCCAUAAGACUUCAAUGAUAGACCGAAGGAAACGGACUCAGACGCGGACUAAAACAUACAGGACUAAGCAGAAAUAACACGAAACAGCUGGCCACAGUCGGGAUUGCACACAAGGUAAAUGAGGGGGCGUGGCGGAUCGUACAGGAGGAUCGUACGAGCAGGUCAUGACAGUUUGGCUAAACUGUCUGUUGGUUUUGCAGACUGUGUGUAGAGUUUUGAGAAAAUUACUUCGGUAUUGCAGACCGCACCUUAGCAGCUGGUACAAAGGCCGUGACUGUAGGUCUGUCUUUUGACAUGCUGCUUCUUGUCAACAAGGUUUUAAAUCAUUUAAAUCCAAAAAAAAAAUGUAGACAGAAAAACAUAAACCUCAUUCUUUUCAUUCUCCUCCAGUACUUUCCUGAGUUCCUGAAGAACUGCUUGUGUUUCAGACAGUUUCAAGAUGGACCAGUUCAGCUCACAAGCAAAUAUAACUCCUAAGACCUUCCAAAUGGCUUGUGAGAAUGCUGGACGCAUGCAAAAUCGAACUGAAUGAGAAGUUUCACACUUAGUGUGGUGCGUCAGACCCUGUGCAGACACAGGAAUAGCCGUGUGCGAGGUGGCUUUGCAGUGUGAACGUGGUGUGUGCGUCUGCAGCGUGUGUGCAGUCUGAUCGUGUAGGCUCAGUGUUUGCUGUGAGUGUGCAACACGUGCAGUGUCUGAUAAGAACGACUCCUGUCAACUUGAUCUCGUAAAAAGCGAUGUUUCCUACCCGCGAUUUCCACCAGUUCGUUUUAAUUGCCAUGUUUCUCUCUUGUUUUCACCUGCAAUAUGGGAUGGCAGAACAGAGUUUUUUCGGACGAUCCGGAGAUACCGUUUCCUUACAUCCCGAAAAUCUGCUUUCUGAAGAUAUUGUGGACAUCAGAUGGAAAUAUAACGAUACGCCUGCAUGCUCUCGCAGAAAAGGACAAACAUCGUGCAUUGAAGGGUACAGCAUUUUCCCAAACGGCACACUAACGCUUAACGCCAGCAAAUCGCGAGGAGGCACUUACUCUCUGGACAUGUAUGACACGGACGGGAGAUCCGUACAGAGCCCCACGAUCACACUCAGAGUCCUGGAGCCCGUCUCCGGUGCACACGUCCAGUCGGCCUGCACAGUGGACGGAUGGGUCACGCUCAGGUGCUCUGUAACCGGGGGAGACGACGUCACGUUCCGCUGGACGCUGAACACCACUUCCGAAAACAGCACCGUUUCAAAGGAGCGAACCGCGACUUUUUACAACCUGACACCAGAGAACCUCGUGUGCGAGGUGGAGAACGCUGUCAGCAGGCAACACACUCCGACUGUCGCUUUGAGAUGCAGAGAAUAUAUUUCCGUUUUAAUUACUCUGGGAGCUUCGGUCGUGAUUGUCCUGUUUUGCGUGGCGCUUUGGAGCAUCAGAAAGACCCGGCCAGAGGAGGGGAGAGACGUCGAAGACGAUGUUUACGUCACAAUGAAAGGCUCCUGUGAAGCCAAGAGGGAAAUCAAGGCCGACGUCAUCUCCAAACACGAUACGUACAUGCUUCAGCCAAAAAGAGCAAACGACUCUGGAAAAACAGAGGAUGUAGAGGACAUAUAUGUUUAACUAUCUAUUUCUAUAUGCAACGGUGGGACUAACAAAAUGACGCAAUGAAGCAUUUAAAUACAUGUGACUAAUUGCAGUUCUGGACUGGAAACCUGUAUUGAUAGUGUAAUUAAUUUUGUGUAUUGCUUAUUUUAUUAUAUAUACAUAUAAAUACAUAUAUGCCUGUGUUUGUCUAUAUAUAUAUAUAUGUACAAUAUGUUAAUGUUACAUAGUUUAACUGUCGUAAAAAUAAACAUAUAUAUGAAUGUUUGGCUUUAA